CGCCCCGCCGCUGCCCGCUGGGCUUUUUGCCGCCCGCUUGCUGCCAGCCGGGCUUUGCUCUGAGCUGCUGCUGGUGGUUGGGGCGCGGCGGCGGCGGCGGCGGCAGGCUCCGGGCACCAUGGGCUUCGGGGCGCUGCUGGGGUCUUUGGCGUGGCUGCUGCUGCUCUUGCAUCUGGUGCUGUCCGAGGAGCCAGUGAGCGUGUCUGGCCGGAAGUGCAGCACAAUCUACAAGGGUUUUGCAGAGUGCCUCAUCAGUCUCGGGGACAGCAUGGCCCAAAGUGUUCAGCAACAGCAGGGCGGUGGCAGCAGCAUCCAGGAACAGCAGGAGCUGGACACCAUCUGCAAAUCCUGGGAUGACUUCCACACCUGUGCCAGCCAGGUGUUGUCCAGCUGCCCGGAGGAGGCCGCCAACAUCUGGGAGUCGCUUCGCCAGGAGUCCCGGAAGAUCCAGUUCCAGGGGAACCUGCACGACCUGUGCAGCUCCCACGCCCAACCCGCUUCCAACGGCAGGGCUUCCGAUAUGGAUGAAACCAACAAGGAGACCUUGCGGGCGGCAGCCUGGCUCCCUCGGCCCAGCCUCUUGGGCAGCCUGGCCCUGGUGGCUCUGCUUGCCUUGACCCCCUUCGCCUAGCCUGGGCCCAGGUGUGAGGAGGCCCUCCUCCGAUGCCGUAUACCGCGGUACAGACUGGUGGUCCAGCACUCCUCUGCUCCUGGGAAACAGUUUGGGGCUCAGCGGUUGGGAGUGCCAUUGGGCAUGGCCUGAUGUCGGGGUGGGGGGUAGCCUGGUCGGUGGGCGGCCAGGGCCAGGAGGCAGUGGGCUUGCUUCCCCAGGAUCCGUUGAGAGAAGCUGGGUGGUGCUCCCUCUUGACCCCAUCUCUUACCUGCCAGCACUCCCGCCCUGCCCUCCCACUUCCCCAACCCUCUGUCUUCACUGCCCUCCUCACUUCUGGGCGUCUCUUUCUCCAGUAUGGUUGCCCUCUGUCUGAGAAACCAUCUCUCUAGCAAUAUUGUCUCCAAGCCACCUCUCUUAUUUCUAUGUUUGUUGGUUUGUUUUGUUUGAUUUAUAUACCGGUGAAGGAACAUCGCAGAAGGAACAACGUUAUUGCAGAAGGAACAUCGGCCAAGCCCAUUACUUGCAGCCUCCUUACAGAGUAGAGCUGGUCUUGUGGUAGCAAGCAUGACUUGUCCCCUUAGCUAAGCAGGGUCCACCCUGAUUGCAUUUGAAUGGGAGUCUAGAAGUGUGAGCACUGGAAGAUAUUCCCCUUAGGGGAUAGAGCCGCUCUAGGAAGAGCAUCUAGGUUCCAAGUUCCCUCCUUGGCAGAAUCUCCACGACAGGGCUGAGAGAAUCUCCUGCCUGCAACCUUGGAGAAGCCACUGACAUUCUGUGUAGACAAUACCGAGCUAGAUGGACCAAUGGUAUAUGGCAACUUCCUGUGUUCCUAUCCUUGCCAGGCACUGGCACAACUGAGAUAUCCAAAGGUGGCAGUGUGGAUGUCCAGAAGACAGGCAUAACCGCCUCAUGGAGCUUGCUAGAAUGGAAAACUGGGCUGAAACCAACAAGAUGAAAUGUGAUAGUGCAAAGUUCUGCACUUAAGUGGGAGCGGGGUGGGUGGGGAAGAGGUAUAGGAUGUGGUAUAACAGGUAGAAUAUAUGGAAAGGAUCUUGGGAUUGUAGUUGAUCACAAACUCAACAUGAGUCAGGAGUGUAGUUCAGCAGCAAAAAAGGCGAAUGCCAUUGUAGGCUGCACUAACAGAACCACCAUUUCCAAGUCAUGAGAAGUAAUAGUUCCACUUUAUUCCACAAUAGUUGGGCCUCAUCUGGUGUACUGUGUCCAGUUUUGAGUGCCACACUUUAAAAAGAAGGUAGGUUUUGGUUGAACAUUGGGAGAAACUUUUUAACAGUAAGAGCAGUUUGACAAUGAAACCAGCCACCUGGGGGCGGGGGAAUUCUCUCAGAUGAAGGUCUUCAGGCAGAGACUGGACGGCCAUUUGUUGGCCCAGAAGGCCCCCUCCAACUCAGAUGCCAAAUGGCAUCAACAUCUCUUGGCCCAGGUUACUCCAGCCUUUCCCAUCCUGCAACUCUGCGUGUGUCGUGCCAGGUGCAAGCACAGACACACCUGACAACACGUGAGCAUUGGAGGGUCAGUAUUCUGCACACACAUCAGCAGAAGUGUGCACAUGACUCCUUCCUUGGCAGUAUAUGCCUCUUCUCUGUACUGCCUCUUCUGCUCUAGAGGGACAUCUCACUGGACUUCCCUGAGCACAAGGAGCAAAUAUUCAUUUCCACUUGCUUGUUGCUCUACCCCUCCCCAUAGAGCCCUCCCAUUUUUGGUAAUUUAUGCGACAAAUAUAUGCAAAUAUGAUGAAUAUGGAUAUACCGCUUUCCCACAAAAGUUCCCCAAGCAGUUUACAGAGAUAAAUAAAAAUAAAUAAAGAUUACUCCAAAGGACCCACAAUCUAAAAAGAAACAUAAGAUUAGACGCCAAUAACAGCCACUGGAAGGAUGCUGUGCUGGGGUGGAUAGGGCCAGUUGCUCUCCCCCUGCUCAAUAAAGAAAACUGCCACUUUAAAAAAGGUGCCUCUUUGCUCAGUUAGCAGGGGCCUUAAAGGGUGUAACUUCUACAUUAAAUUCCUUCCCUGUGUCCAGGCAUGCUGUCCACCCACUGGAAACAGAGGGCAGGGGAACUGGCAAUUGACAAUUAAACUGGCAUCUGCUGCCAUAUUGCCCGACUGGAGGAUAUGCAUUCUCUUACCCUUCACAAGGCCAUAGCAUGGGUUCACCUGUCCUUUUCUUUAUGGGUGGUUGGGGUUGGAAUGUAUAUGGAUCUUGUCCAGUUGACUGGAGGAAGCUUCCCCAAGGAGGACUUUCAGGGAUGUCUUGCCAGUAUGGCUCCGUCUCCAUUCAGACAGCACCUCUGCUCCUGUCACACAUGUACUUGUUAGCUGACUUGAAUAAGAAAUGGGUGAGCUCUGGAAGUUUGGGCCUGUCUCCCUUCUUCCAGCAUUGGCUCUUCAAAUGUAUCUCUAUAUUUAUAUUAAAAGGUACUUUUACA